ACGCAAGCCAAUGUCCACAUGGCCAGAGUAGAAUAUGUAUUAUUGUAUAUAUUCUUACCGAACAGAAGUUACUUUAUUUAUAAAAUAAAGGUUACACUUAUUAUUUUUUUAUUAUUAUUGCAAACUUUAAAAUAGCAGCUGCUAUUUUGGAAAAUAUAGCAAAGCAGGCGAAUGGUUUGCUUUGUAAGUAGUGGAUAAAGUGUUUCCAUACUUCUGUAAUCCUGAAACUGUGGGUGAGUGCAGAAGUUAUACGAAUUGUUUUGAAUUAAAACAGCAAUGCCUAUCAAUUCAAGUAAACCUUUGGAGCCACGCAGCUUUAUUAUUAUAAGGCCGCUUCCCAUUAGCCCUCCAAAGGGACAGAAACUCCAGGCAAGAAGCGACACUGUGUAUAGCGCCUGGGAACCAUGCAGGGAGCACGUCUUCAGGGAGAAUUACCACCGGAGACAGAAGCAGCUCAGCCAGCAAGGCUACUGGACAGCUAGCGGGAGACUGUACCAGGAGAUUGGAGAGCCGCUUUACCUCGACCCGAAGAAACUAAUCCUUCACUCGCUGGGGCAGCAAGACCAGAUAUGUAAAGAUGAGCAUAACAUCAGAACAGAAGACAUACAAGAAGAUAACACAAGUGAAGCAGCCCUGGGCUCAGGCACCGAGAGGAAGGUUUCAUCAGAAAAAUGGCUUCAUCUGAAGAACAGAGAGAACGAACUAAAAAUUCUCAAGAGACACCUGUCUCAUACAAGACAGCUGGUGUCCGCAGUGAAGCAGGGUCGGGGUUAUUUCCAGAUGCUGCAGAGGGAAGAGUGUGAUCUGCGUAAUGCCCAGCAGGAGGAGCAGCGGAGCUUCUCUGAGAGCCAGCGCACUGAGUGCCAGCCCCCCAAAUACUCCUCUGACAAGGAGGUUACAGAGAGUUUUUUCAGAACUGAAAUACCUGCACAGCGAAGCGGCUUGUACAGGAAAUCUUCCAAGAAGAUUUCUGCCGUGCGACCAUUCACCCCGGUUCACUCCUCCCUUACCUGCCCACGAGUGACCGAAACAUCUGUAGAAACGGUUUUUCGCCAGCUGUGUUCUCUGAACUGGCUCUUGGAGGCUUUAACUGCAGAGCCUGCAGGUGGUGCAGGGCCUGUCUCUUCCUGCUGGAGUUUAAAAGAUCCGGGUGGAAGCAAGAUGACAGUGAAGAGACUGAAUAAAGAAAAAGCCAUCGAGACAAAAUGGAACCACUUUAUUACACAGCCUAAGCCAAGAAAGUCUGCCUCCAGGAUCCUUCGCAAAGUAUCAGUGAGGUCCAGGAACACCUUCAUGAGCUCUUCCCGGCUCAGCGUGAUGUCAUCCACUCUGACCCCCCCGAUGGGGAGCAUGUCUUCCCUGACCCCCGGCUCUGAGGACCUGCCAAUGGGAGCCUCAGGGGGGGCUGUGGGAGGAGUCUGUGAGAGCCAGGACAGCCAAUCUGCAGCUAACAUCUCUGCACAGCAUCAGGACCAAGAGGAGGAGGCACCGCUGAGUGACUACCUGCAGAAGCUGUUAGAAUCUGUUCAUCAGGCUGUGGACAAGGAGCUCCACCACACAGACCAGGAGAAAAAACAUCCAAAUGAAAGCUCUUUAGAAUCCAAUUACAUCAGUGGAAGAGGAAGUCGGGAUAAGCAAGUGGGAACGGACACAAAACCACAGAGGCCUAAAAGCUCUCCUGCAAAUCGAUGCUCUGAAACCAGUCAGUUCAUUGCAAGUAAAUCUUCACUAUCAUCGGAGAUGAGAGACAAAUUCAAUGAGACGGCUGAGGAAGCUGUAUUGUGUCUGCAAGACACUUUGGAAAACACUGCUAAGAAGCGUUGGGAGAACAGUACGCGCAAGUUUCAAUCUCUGGAAUACGUGACAGACUUCCACCGGGACAUCAGUCUACUAAGAGCAGCAGCAAAUGAAUCUGACAGCAGGGAUGAGAACAGUCAGAAGAGCACGACGUGGUUUUCCGAGCUCCUGUCACGUAUUCCUAAAGCCAUGCUGGAGAGCCACAAUGUCCAGAGCAUCCUGGGAAAGCUGUCCCGGCUUUGCCACAAGCAGAGCCUGAGAGUUGGGCCCAGCCACUUCCUGAAGGUUCUGAGUGGGAUCCGGACGUGGGAGCUGUGCUCUCCGGAUCUCUCUGUAGCGAUUGAGAUUGUCCGGGAGCACAUUGUGCAGAUGUCAAAAGAAGACUAUGAAGCCUGGCUCCUGCCUAGAGUAGGACUGCCCCAGAGAGUGAGGAGCGCCCCAGCAGUGAGAUAAAAGCCUGCCAGAGAGGAAGAGAUCCUGCAUCCUACAUCUACUCAGCAAGAGUUCCUAUAGGUCUGUAACAGAAGAUGUGGCACAAUAUUUCUGCACCGGUUGAAAUCCAAUUCCCAAUUUGUAUGCCAUGAGAAAACUACUAGUCUUCAAACAUAUCAUAUAAUUUUGUAUUUAUUUUUAAAGAAUAUUUUAGAAAUGGUGAUUUCCUCAGUGACAUGUUAAAGGUAAAGUUUGUAUUUCAUGUAUUUUUAUAUAUUUGUAAAGAACAGGCGCAGACUGAAAAUAGAUAUGCUCAGCCUGCUGGACUCACGCAAAAGAAAAUGACAAUAUCACAAUAAUUCGUUUUUACUUCGCUUCCUGACUUUUAUACAUCAUAAAACAUGAAAUGCUGAAAACAGGGCAUUCCUGUAAACCCGAGGUGUCGGUUACAGGUGUGCUGAACCCCGAGGUGUCGGUUACAGGUGUGUGCUGAACCCCGAGGUGUCGGUUACAGGUGUGUGCUGAACCCCGAGGUGUCGGUUACAGGUGUGUGCUGAACCCCGAGGUGUCGGUUACAGGUGUGUGCUGAACCCCGAGGUGUCGGUUACAGGUGUGUGCUGAACCCCGAGGUGUCGGUUACAGGUGUGUGCUGAACCCCGAGGUGUCGGUUACAGGUGUGUGCUGAACCCCGAGGUGUCGGUUACAGGUGUGUGCUGAACCCCGAGGUGUCGGUUACAGGUGUGUGCUGAACCCCGAGGUGUCGGUUACAGGUGUGUGCUGAACCCCGAGGUGUCGGUUACAGGUGUGUGCUGAACCCCGAGGUGUCGGUUACAGGUGUGUGCUGAACCCCGAGGUGUCGGUUACAGGUGUGUGCUGAACCCCGAGGUGUCGGUUACAGGUGUGUGCUGAACCCCGAGGUGUCGGUUACAGGUGUGUGCUGAACCCCGAGGUGUCGGUUACAGGUGUGUGCUGAACCCCGAGGUGUCAGUUCAGCCUCUGAUGCUGAUCAGUUGCAUGAGAGAUAAAGACUAUGACAUUAACUAAGCAAAUGUAUUCCGAGACCAUUCCUUUACGCUAUUUGGUAUUACUUACAAGUAAUUGCCAACUUGCUUGCCAAACUGCCUGUCCUGUACAGUGAAAUAAUCAUUUUAAAAAAGCAAGUUUAAUGUGAUAAUGACAUGCAUGUCAGGAACACUUUCAGUGUUGGGAUGAAGAAGUAUUUAAUUUUAAAAUAACCGAUUCAACAUUAAGAUAAAUAUUGAUAGUGGAACUUGUGGGGUCUAUUUAAUUUCACAGCUAAUGCACUGUAGCGUAAUUGAGUUUAAAAUGGUCCUAUACAGUAAGAAAUCACUGACAAAGAGUAAUUUGAGUAAAUUGCUUUGCUCCAACAAGUGAAAUGUUUUACUGCUUCAGCUUUCCUUGCUAUAACUGUUUUGUUUCACUAGGGGGUGUGAUUGCAUUUAUGAUACUUUUCAUGUCUUGUUGGAUGUACUUGUUUAUUGGUUAUGUAUUUGAAUUAUUGUGCAUUUUAAGAAUAUAUGAUUAAAAACAAUGUAAACGAUG